GUAAUAUUAUCAUGAAUGGCUAGCAACAUGCAACACUCGUCAAGAUCUACCCAGCUCAAACAUUGGCUAAGUCGAUCCGGUGCGAAGCUUCUCAGAACAACAUCACCUGAAGAAUCUGUUAGAACAGCAUCAUCAAAGCCAGCGGUGCCUCGCAAAGAAACACCAUCUAAACCAGCUAAUCACCCCCCAACGACACCUUCAGAGCUUCCUACAACAACAUUGCCGGUAAUGGAAAAUGAACAUCAUUCGACUUUUUCUAGUGACUCCGAAUUUCAAUCUGUUCACAGAAUGUCAUCCAAGACAUGUUCAACGAGGCCAGCACCAUUUAAACUACUUUCACAAGAGGGUCGCAAGAGGAUCUCAGACAAUAUAUCUACCGCUUCCGCCAAGGUAAGCUCUGUUGCGUCCUUCGGCAUCCUGAACGUCGCCGAGGCCCAAGAUGGUGCAGCAACCACCGCAGCAGUAGCUCGUUUCGUCGCCGACAGUUUUCCUUAUCUUCUCGAUGAUUUCAUGCAUCGCGUCCAAGGAAUUACAACGAAUGAUCCAGAACGACUCGCUGAGAAAGCUUACGAUAUCCCCUCCUAUCCCGACAUUAUGUUUGAUGAUUUCGGUGAUCAGCCCGCAAAGACGGCCGCUAAUCAUGUCGAGGGCUCCCUAAACGGUCUUCAUGCAAAAGCUACAGUUACAGCUAUUAGAAAAGCUGAAAAAAGACUCCUUCGCUCCAUUGCGAAUGUUAUGGAAGACCACGUACUUAUUGCCGGGUCCACAAAGUGGACACUUAAGACAUUGAUGUUAGCUGUUUCAACAGCAGCUUCUGAGGCGGCUUUAGUGGCGGCUUCUCAAAUUACCUGCACCGGUGCGGGCGACAUCGCUCUCGUGGAUAAAGAUGCUCCACCGCCUUAUUUAAAAAGUCCAAGUUCGACCUGA